AAAGACACAAACAUGAGCUGAGCUGAGCGGUGGCGGGGCGAGCGCUGCGCGGCUUCGCGUUGGGAGCAAAAUGUGCCUUUUAGACCUGGAAUAUGAGAUUUCCUAAACGGAUUAUAUUUAGUAGGAUGUUGUUCCACACCACCAGGUCAGACGAAGGGAUAUUUUAACACUAUAUCAGCAAAGAAUCAAGUCCGUCCGUGAAGUCCGUCCCUGAGGUGAUUUUUACGCACAAAAGUGGCGCGAAUCUGAAACUAAAAGGCAGUGGAAUUACAUUUGUUUUCGCUCAUUUGGAAACUUUACCUUGUUACUGAUACCUGUUAUUCUUUGACUUUCUGUCUUGUGUGUCCGGUCGGAAAUAUUAACUAUCUUUUUUUUCCCAAAUGAGAUGUAAGCUGGCACCGUCGGAGUUGAUGGGGAGCACGAGAGAGCCAGCAAAGCUCACAGAGAAACUUACGGAGAAAAACAUGCCGUCUUUUCACCCAUGGAGACAUGGCAUAUAGGUUCCUGUCAAGCCGAGUCGUGCCAUCCUCAAACAGAUUAAGCAGGAGGUUUAUUUUUAUAUUCACUAUCUCUUUGUCUUUCAUGUAUCUAUGCUACAGCAUCCUCUUCUGCUCCGGUACAAUCAUGCCUAACCAGAGAUUGGAGGAGCAGCGCUGCGUCCAUCUGAAGAACGUUGGGAGUAAAAAACUUUUACAGAAGUCACAUUAUUGCACUAUAUCAGCAAAGGCGAGAGUUAUCUCAGAUGAGACGAGGGCUGUGGGUCUCCUAAACCUUACAGGCAACCAAAGCAAACAUACAGCCUUCCAGAAAACAGAGCUGGUAGAUCACAAGCAGAGUAAUAAUAGUAAUUCGCCAAAAUAUGGGAAUAAGAAGUUGCCCAAUGCACUUAUAGUUGGCGUUAAGAAAGGAGGCACCAGGGCGGUCCUGGAGUUCAUUCGGAUUCAUCCAGAUGUUCGAGCUCUUGGGACUGAACCACAUUUCUUUGAUAGAAACUAUGACAAAGGACUGGACUGGUACAGGGGGCUUAUGCCAAGGACACUGGACAGCCAAAUCACAAUGGAGAAAACCCCCAGUUACUUCGUGACCCGUGAGGCUCCGCGGCGUAUCUCCAACAUGUCUCGUGAAACUAAGCUAAUUGUAGUGGUGCGCAACCCAGUCACGAGGGCCAUCUCCGACUACACACAAACCCUCUCCAAAAAACCUGACAUCCCAUCCUUCGAAGACCUGGCCUUCAAAAACCGCAGCCAGGGCAUCGUGGACACGUCCUGGAAUGCCAUCCGCAUCGGCAUGUACAUCCUGCAUUUGGAGAACUGGCUUCAGUACUUCCGGCUGUCCCAGAUCCACUUUGUGAGCGGCGAGCGGCUCAUCACGGAUCCGGCCGGAGAGCUGGGCCGCGUCCAGGACUUCCUGGGCCUCAAGCGGAUCAUCACAGACAAGCACUUCUACUUCAACCGAACGAAGGGUUUCCCGUGCCUGAAGAAGCCGGAGAGCAGCAGUCAGCCACGCUGCCUGGGUAAAUCCAAGGGCAGGACUCACGUUCAGAUCCAGCAGGACGUCAUCGAGCAGCUCAGAGAGUUUUAUAGGCCAUUCAAUGUCAAGUUUUAUGAGAUGGUGGGUCAUGACUUUAGAUGGGACUGAGGAAGAGGACCUUGCCGAAAGCAGGCUCUCUCUUCUAAGCAUGAAUGUGGAUUUAAGGGAUAGUUAGGACGAAAGGAAAAUUCUGUUAUUGUUUGUUCACACCCAAAGUCGUUGUAAUAAAU